AUGAAAAAUGUUUUAUUGCUUUUUGACGUCGAUGGGACCCUUACACCCCCAAGGCGCCCCCAGACGGAAGAGGUGAAGGAUAUUAUUCGCCGCGCCAGGAAGGCUGGCUUUUCGGUGGGUACAGUUGGCGGAUCAGAUUUCGCCAAGCAAGUUGAACAGCUUGGAGAGGAUAUUCUCCAGCAGUUCGACUAUGUUUUCAGUGAAAAUGGGCUUCUUGCGUAUAAGAAUGGAGCCGAAAUUCAUCGUCAAAGCCUUCUUGAUGCUCUUGGUAAUGAGCGCAUAGUAAAAUUUGUGAAAAAAGCACUUCGCCUAAUUGCAGAUAUUGAUAUCCCUGUUCAAAGGGGUACCUUCAUCGAGUACCGCAAUGGAAUGAUUAACGUCUCUCCUAUCGGUCGCAACUGCUCACAGUCGGAACGGGAUGCGUUUGAACAAUACGAUAAGGAACACCACAUACGGGCGAAGCUCAUUGAAGAGCUUCGCAGUGCAUUUCCUGAUUACGGGUUAAAGUACUCUAUCGGUGGUCAAAUCAGUUUUGAUGUGUUUCCGGAUGGAUGGGACAAGACGUACUGUCUUCGCUUUGUUGAAAAGGAAUUUGAUGAGAUUCACUUUUUCGGUGACAAAACUCACGAAGGAGGCAACGAUUACGAAAUAUUUACUGACGAAAGAACUAUCGGUCACAGUGUACAAUCAUACAAGGGGACCAUUGUUGAGGUGGAAAAACUGAUUUCUUCCAAGUAG